AUGGUUCUUUUGAGCUGCGCAAGAAUAUGGCAGACUGUUUCUAGUCUCACAGACGUGUCGCCACUAUUCCAGAGUCUCUGGCAGGUUCCAAUCAAGAUAUCCGAGACUUAUGACUGCCACCAGAACUCUACCAUCGAGAUUCUUUCAAUUGACCCCUUCGUCAUGUAUAUCAACAACUUUCUGUCUGAAUAUGAAGUGAACCAUCUUCUGGAAAUUAGUCAUGACAAUUUUGAGCAGUCACCAGUCUAUGACGAGAACCUCAAAACAGUCGUCGACACACGCUUUCGCACCUCACAAUCCUCAAUGGUACCAAAGAGCGAUAUCGUUGGUAAAUGCCUGUCCUGGAAGAUGAAGUCGAUUCUCGGCAAUAUCCAGCACAUCGAUACAGAGCCCAUCCAGAUCGUCAAAUACGAACCUAGUGAGAGGUUUCGUAUCCAUAUGGACUGGUUCGACAAGCCCCGUAACAGAACAUAUAGCCGCAAACAUCCGAAGAGGCCUUACAAUAGACUGGCCAGUAUCUUUGCCUACUUGGAUGAUGAUUGCACCGGCGGGGAGACCUACUUUCCUGAAGUACAAGGCGUUUCUAGAGCGGCUGACGGAGAUAAGUUCUCAAGGACAGAGUCAGGAAAGGGACUGCUAGUUCGCCCCAAGAAGGGCAAUGCGGUGUUUUGGAAUAAUCUUCUACCUAACGGCACGGGCGACCCUCGCGUCGCUCAUGCUGGCUUACCGGUCCAUGCUGGAAGGAAGAUUGGUAUCAAUCUAUUUAGUCACUACUAUUAUGAUGCGCCGAUGGUUGGCGGAGAUGAAGAAUGA